GUCCCAGGAGUUGGGGUGCAGGGCAUGGGGGGUCCUGGCGAUUCGAGGUGGGGGAUCAGGGUCCAGGGCACAGGGAGGGGCUCGGUGGGUGGAUUACAACCCCCCCCUCCCCCCGUGUGUUCCAGGCCUGCACCUGGAGAACUUCGUGAGCGAGGACCUGGGGAACACGAGCCUGCGGGUGCUGCGGGGACAGGUGCUGGUGGAGCUGGUGGAGCAGCAGCAGAACCACUCGCUCAAGGAGGGCCAGGGGAUGCAGCUGCCAGCAGGGCAGUACCACAAGGUGCACACGGUGUCCCCGGAGCCCUCGUGUUACAUGUACCUGUACGUCAACACCACGGCCCUGCAGCUGGAGCAGAACCUGACGCGGCUGCGGGACCUGCGGGACCGCGUGCGCAACGGCACCGAGCAGUCCCCACUGCCCCCCGAGCUGCGGCCCAUCCUGGGGGAGCCGCUGCCCGCGGGGGCCCCGCUGGACCCGCUGGUGUCUCUGUUCCUGCGGCGGGAGCAGCGGGAGCAGCGGCGGGAGCGGGAAUCCAGCCCGGCCCAGCGGCUGCGGCGCUUCCUCCGCAGGAAGUUCUUCCUCUUCCGCCGCAGGUGA